AUGGCCAACACCCAAAAGAUAACAUUUUCCCUCUAUUUUCCAGAUCGGCCUCAGGUGAUCGGGGCGUCUCAGCCGGUCGUGGCCGUUCUGGGUGGUGAUGUCAUCCUGCCGUGUCACGUGGAGCCUUGUCUGGACGUGGAGGAGCUGACGGUGGAGUGGUGGAGGCCGGACGUCCCACCGGACCCUAGAGAUCCACAGAGCAACUACCGGUAUGUCCACUGUUACCACGACAGACAGCACGAGGAGGACAUGAAGAAGCCGAUGUACGCUGGGAGGACGGAGAUGUUCACAGACGGCCUGAAACACGGAAACAUCUCGCUAAAGAUCAGCAACGUGGAGCUCUCUGACCAAGGGAGAUACAGAUGUCAAAUCCUACAGUUGGCGAGUGCCUCUGUUAUUAUGCUUCUUGUUGAACCACGCUCCGUUAAACCGACAGAUCCCGGAGAUCUCCAAACUCCAGAGCCAACCGAUGAGACGGAUGCUAAAGGUGGUUGACUCUAUCUGAGCGUACUGAUCCUGGUUCUGGUUGCCUGCGUCUUACUGAUCCCGGCUGUUGGAGUGGGGGGAUAUUUACUUCAUAGAAGGUAUCGAAAUCAAAACCAAAACACAGCCGGCGUUCCAGACAGAUCACCGUCCGGAGAGGAGCGACU